AUGACAGCACAGCCUUCCUUGACGAUUGCUCCAAACAAAAUUGAUUUGACUAUUCUUUCGGCUGCCGGUUGCACAUAUUAUAUGGAUGCAGAAUCCAUCUCCACGGCGGCAUCCGGAUUUUGCAGAUCCUUCGGCUGCUGCUUCACACAGAAUCCGAAGGAUUCUCUAAUGAAAAUACUUCUGAGUUUGGUUAUCAAUAUGAAGGCAACAAUGAAGUAUUUGACAGGAAUUGCAGGGCCCAGUGGCUAUGGUUCGAAAUCUACCGCUGAAAAAGUUACUCAAGAUUGUGUGUGUUCCAUGCCAACAAUAUCUCAGCUUACCGCAAUAAUCUCCGGUGCGACAUCUGGUAUCGGUGCUGAGACUGCGAGAGUGUUGGCGAAUCAUGGUGUAAGAGUAAUUAUUCCGGCGAGGGAUUUGAUUAAGGCAGCAGAAGUGAAGGAAUGCAUACAAAAGGAGAGUCCAGCAGCAGAAAUAAUCUUAUUAGAGAUGGACUUGAGUUCGUUUGCUUCAAUCCAGAAAUUUUGUUCUGAUUUCUUAUCAUUAGGACUACCCCUUCAUAUCCUCAUAAACAACGCUGGCAUAUAUUCACACAGAUUGGAGUAUUCUGAAGACAAAAUUGAGAUGACUUUUGCAACAAAUUACUUAGGACAUUUUCUGUUGACAGAAAUAUUGCUGAGGAAAAUGGUGGAGACAGCAGCAGAGAGUGGCAUCCAAGGAAGAAUAAUAAAUGUCACGUCUGUGAUACACAAAUGGGUGAAAAAAGAAGACUUUUGUUUCAGUAAAAUGCUAAACCCAAAGAGUUAUAAUGCCGCUCACGCUUAUGCUCAAUCAAAACUAGCCAACAUAUUGCAUGCCAAGGAAUUGGCAAGAAAGCUCAAGGGUGCAGCAACGACAUGUUACGUGGCAUUAAGCCCGCUUAUGGGUGCGGUGAGUGGCAAUUACUUCGCAGAUUGCAAUGAGAGUCGGUGCUCGGCCUUAGCAAACGAUGAAAUUGAAGCACGCAAGCUAUGGGAGCAAACCCACCACACUUUCACAAAGAGGUGA